GUUGUGACUGAAGCCCGUCAACAUGGCGGCGAGUGUCCGCGGCCGCUCGCUGAAGCACCUCAGGAUACGAGGGCGGAAUGACAGCGGCGAGGAGAACGUCCCGCUGGAUCUCACCCGAGAGCCUUAUGAUAACUUAAGGGAGAUUCUACAAAAUGUGGCCAAAGUGCAAGGAGUAUCAAAUAUGAGAAAGCUAGGUCACCUGAAUAACUUUACUAAGCUUCUUUGUAAUAUUGGCCACAGUGAAGAAAAGCUAGGUUUUAAUCAUGAGCAUAUCAUAAUAUGUUUGCGAUUAGCUUUAUUGAAUGAAGCAAAAGAAGUACGAGCAGCAGGAUUACGAGCCCUUCGGUAUCUCAUCCGAGACUCAAGUAUUCUGCAGAAGGUGCUAAAGUUGAAAGUGGAUUAUUUAAUAGCUAGGUGCAUCGACAUACAACAGAGCAAUGAGGUAGAGAGGACGCAAGCACUUCGGUUAGUCAGAAAGAUGAUCACUGUGAAUGCUUCCCUGUUUCCCAGUUCUGUCGCCAACUCCUUGAUAGCUGUUGGAAAUGAUGGCCUUCAGGAAAGAGAUAGAAUGGUUCGGGCAUGUAUUGCCAUUAUCUGUGAACUAGCACUUCAGAAUCCAGAGGUGGUGGCUCUUCGAGGUGGACUAAGUACCAUCCUAAAAAAUGUGAUUGAUUGCCAAUUAAGCCGAAUAAAUGAGGCCCUUAUUACUACAGUUUUGCACCUUCUAAAUCAUCCAAAGACCCGACAGUAUGUGCGAGCGGAUGUAGAAUUAGAGAGAAUCUUAGCACCAUAUACAGAUUUUCACUACAGGCAUAAUCCAGACACAGCGGAAGGACAGCUCAAAGAAGACCGAGAAGCACGGUUCCUGGCUAGUAAAAUGGGAAUAGUAGCAACAUUCCGAUCAUGGGCAGGUAUAAUUAGUUUAUGUAAGCCUGGCAAUUCUGGGAUCCAGUCUCUAAUUGGGGUACUUUGUAUACCAAAUAUGGAAAUACGGCGGGGUCUGCUUGAAGUUCUCUAUGAUAUAUUUCGUCUGCCUCUACCUGUUGUGACUGAAGAGUUCAUUGAAGCACUGCUCAGUGUAGAUCCAAGUAGAUUCCAAGAUUGUUGGAGACUUUCAGAUGGCUUUGUAGCAGCUGAAGCUAAAACUAUUCUUCCCCAUCGAGCCAGAUCCAGACCAGACCUCAUGGAUAAUUAUUUGGCACUGGUACUUUCUGCUUUCAUUACUAAUGGACUUUUAGAGGGUUUGGUUGAAGUAAUAACAAGCAGUGAUGACCAUGUCUCAAUUAGAGCUACAAUCCUAUUAGGGGAACUUUUACAUAUGGCAAACACAAUCCUUCCUCAUUCACAUAGCCAUCAUUUGCACUGUUUACCAACGCUAAUGAAUAUGGCAGCAUCCUUUGACAUCCCUAAAGAGAAAAGACUGCGAGCCAGUGCAGCUCUUAACUGCUUGAAACGCUUUCAUGAGAUGAAGAAACGAGGGCCUAAGCCUUAUAGUCUUCAUUUAGAUCACAUUGUUCAGAAAGCAAUGGCAACACACCAAAAAAGGGAUCAGUACCUCCGAGUUCAGAAAGAUAUUUUUGUUUUGAAGGAUACAGAGGAAGCUCUCAUGACCAAUCUUAGAGACAGCCAAGUUCUUCAUCAUAAAGAGAAUCUUGAAUGGAAUUGGAAUCUUAUAGGCACCAUUCUUAAGUGGCCAAAUAUAAAUCUAAGAAACUAUAAGGAUGAACAAUUACACAGGUUUGUACGACGACUCCUCUAUUUUUACAAGCCCAGCAGCAAAUUAUAUGCCAAUUUGGAUCUGGAUUUCACCAAUUCCAAGCAACUCACAGUUGUGGGUUGCCAGUUUACAGAAUUUCUUCUUGAGUCUGAAGAGGAUGGGCAAGGAUAUCUAGAAGAACUAGUAAAAGAUAUCGUUCAGUGGCUUAGUUCCUCAUCUGGAAUGAAACCUGAACGAAGCCUUCAGAACAAUGGUUUACUGAAUACCCUUAGUCAACACUACUUUUUAUUUAUUGGAACACUUUCCUGUCAUCCUCAUGGAGUUAAAAUGCUAGAAAAAUGCAAUGUAUUUCAGUGUCUUCUUAAUCUUUGUUCCUUGAAGAACCAAGAUCACUUAUUGAAACUUACUGUUUCAAGUUUGGACUAUAGCAGAGAUGGAUUGGCCAGAGUUAUCCUUUCCAAAAUCCUAACUGCAGCUACUGAUGCCUGCAGGUUGUAUGCAACAAAACAUUUAAGAGUAUUAUUACGGGCCAAUGUAGAGUUCUUCAGUAACUGGGGCAUUGAGUUGCUGGUGACCCAACUACAUGAUAAAAAUAAAACUAUUUCCUCUGAAGCUCUUGAUAUCUUAGAUGAAGCAUGUGAAGACAAGGCCAAUCUUCAUGCUCUCAUCCAAAUGAAGCCAGCUUUAUCUCAUCUUGGAGACAAAGGUCUGCUUCUCCUUCUUAGAUUUCUGUCCAUUCCGAAGGGGUUUUCCUACCUUAAUGAGAGGGGUUACGUAACAAAGCAAAUGGAAAAAUGGCAAAAGGAAUACAAUUCAAAAUAUGUUGAAUUAAUUGAGGAACAACUUAAUGAAGCACUUACAACCUAUCGCAAACCAGUAGAUGGUGAUAACUAUGUUCGUCGGAGUAACCAAAGAUUACAGCGACCACAUGUCUACCUGCCCAUACACCUUUAUGGACAACUGGUACACCACAAAACAGGCUGUCAUUUAUUGGAGAGUGUUGUUCCAGAUCUCAGUUAUACUAUUCGUUCACCAAUGUUGGACAAAUGGGAAGGAGUAAAGCAGCUGAAAGCAGCACUUUGGGCCUUGGGUAAUAUUGGAUCUUCAAACUGGGGUCUUAACUUGCUUCAAGAGGAGAAUGUGAUCCCGGAUAUAAUGGCAUUAGCACAACAUUGUGAGGUUCUCUCCAUUAGAGGAACCUGUGUGUACGUGCUUGGUCUGAUAGCCAAAACUAAACAAGGAUGUGAUAUCCUAAAAUAUCACAAUUGGGAUGCUGUGAGACACAGUCGCAAACAGCCAUGGCCAGUAGUUCCAGAUGACAUGGAGCAACUCUGCAAUGAACUUUCUUCUAUCCCAAGCACUCUAAGUCUAAACUCUGAGUCCACCAGCUCUAGACAUAAUAGUGAAAGUGAAUCUGCACCAUCAAGUAUGUUUAUCAUGGAGGACGACCGAUUUGGCAGCAGCUCUACUAGUACAUUUUUCCUUGAUAUCAAUGAGGAUUCAGAGCAAACGUUUUAUGAUCGGACUGGACCCAUAAAGGAUAAAAAUCCAUUCCCCUUUUUUGCCUCUAGUAGACUUGUGAAGAAUCGCAUCUUAAAUUCCCUUACUCUGCCUAAUAAAAAACAUCGUAGUAGCAGCGAUCCAAAAGGGGGCAAACUGACAUCUGAAAAUAAAUCUGGCAUUAGGAGAAACCGAACAGUUACAGAGCCAUCUAGUAUUGACUUUAAUCACAGUGAUGAUUUCUCAUCCAUUUCCAAAGUUCAGAAAACAUUAAGAUUAGAACCUUCUUUUGUUGGAACUAAGCAAAUUGAAGACACUGGUAGCACACCUAGUAUUGGAGAAAAUGAUCUAAAAUUUACAAAGAGUCUUGGUACAGAAAAUCACAGGGAAAACACAAGCAGAGAAAGAUUAAUUGCCGACAACUCUACAAGCUCACAUAUGAAGAUGCGUAGCCAAAGUUUCAAUACAGAUACUACAACAAGUGGUAUAAGCUCAAUGAGCUCAAGUCCUUCAAGAGAGACGGUAGGUGUGGACACUACAACAAUGGACACAGACUGUGGAAGUUUGAGUACAGUGGUAAGUACUAAAACUGUUAAAACAAGCCACUGUUCAACACCACAGUCCAACCAUCUGCCUCUUUCAAAAUCAAACUCUGUGUCUCUGGUGCCACCAGGUUCUUCUCAUACACUUCCUCGUAGAGCACAGUCCCUUAAAGCCCCCUCUGUUGCUACAAUUAAAAGUCUAGCAGAUUAUAACUUUAGCUAUACAAGUUCUAGAGAUGCCUUUGGUUAUGCUACGUUGAAAAGAUUGCAACAACAAAGAAUGCAUCCAUCUUUAUCUCAUUCUGAAGCUUUGGCAUCUCCAGCAAAAGAUGUGCUUUUUACUGACACCAUUACCAUGAAGACGGGUAGCCUUGAUUCAAGGUUGACACCAAGCAGGAUCGAUUUUAAAAAGAAGCAUGUCGGGGGAAUCAGGAGCUUAAGACCUACAAUAACAAACAACCUUUUCAGGUUCAUGAAAGCUUUAAGUUAUGCUUCAUUAGAUAAAGAAGAUCUAUUAAGUCCUAUUAAUCAAAAUACACUGCAACGCUCCUCCUCAGUUAGGUCCAUGGUAUCCAAUGCUACAUAUGGUAGCUCAGAUGAUUACAUUGGACUUGCUCUUCCCGUGGACAUCAACGAAAUAUUCCAGGUAAAGGAUAUUCCUUAUUUUCAGAAGAAAACUGUACCUCCAUGUGAUGAUCGUGUUAGAGUACUACCUGAUUCAGGAGGUCUUCCAUCUGGUACUGGAGAUCUUGUAAAAAGUCCAUUUCAAAUGCUUCGACAACAGAUUAGUCUCACAGAAAUAAUGAAUACAAGCCAAUCAGAUGCUUCUCAAUUUUUAGAAAAUACAGAAGACACGGGGCUACAGGAGCACACAGACGAUAAUUGUCUUUAUUGUGUCUGUAUCCAGAUUCUGGGUGACCAGCACAAUAACCAAGUGGACUCAACCUAUACUCACGCAGACUUUCCAGACAUUCCAUAUUCUGAUUGGUGUGGGCAGACCAUCCACAAUCACCUCGAUGUUGUUUCCUCAAAGUUUUCUGGGAUUUCAGGAUGCAGUGAUGCAGUAUCCCAGGGUUCAGCCAGUAGCACCAAGAGUACAGAACUGGUAUUAGGAGUCAAGUCAAUUCCAGAUGAUACACCAGUGUGCCGUAUACUCCUUCGAAAAGAAGUGUUAAGAUUAGUUAUCAAUUUGAGUAGUUCAGUAGGAACUAAAGGUCAUGAAACAGGACUUUUGACAAUUAAAGAGAAGUUUCCUCAAGCAUUCGAUGACAUAUGCCUCUACUCUGAGGUUUCCUAUUUGUUAUCACACUGUACUUUUCGACUGCCAUCUCGCAGAUUCAUACAGGAGUUAUUUCAAGAUGUACAGUUUUUACAAAUGCAUGAAGAAGCAGAGGUUAUCUUAUCAACUCCACCAAAGAAACCUAUAAUUGAUACAUCAGCCGAAUCCUGACCUCAUCUUUAUAUAGUGUAUCUCUCUGGACUUCCUGAAAUCCUCAGAAAAACCUCACUGACUGGAUGACAAAUACAGGAGCAUCUUCUGUAACUUGUUCCAGCAGUUCCUGGUACACGAACAGUAUGAACUGCAGAUUCUUUUCCCCCAGCCGAAACUUUCUUCCCCAAAUACAUCCUUUGGGGAUGUCAUCCAUUACCAGUUUUAUGAAAUAUAUUUACCAAAUGUAUGCAAGAGCCAAGCACUGAACACCUACACAGUUUUCUUUAACUUUAAAAACAUAAUGAGAGUUGAACAAUAAUAAGAUAGUAUGAAGAGACACCCUUUUACAGGGUUGAUUCUGAAUUCUUUUUAGGGUAAAUAGAAAGAUGCCUUGUUUGUUAACUAACUCAUAUAUACCAGGAAUCCACAUUUCUAAGGAUUACAUCUUCCAUGCUGGGAUGUGCUCUAACAGCUGGUAUUUGGGGGUUAACUUUGGACCUUCCACAUUUUUCUUAAUGUUUGUAACACUACUUGAGAGGUUUGUAACCUCGGACUGAAAGAAGAGCCUCAGCGACCUGGGACUUUUAACUUAUUUUAAUGUUACUAUAAUUGCAAAUGGUUAUUUUGAUUUUCAGUCUCUCAGAUUUCGUUGCAAUGUAUUAUAGGCUAUAUGAACCAAUUAAGGUUUUUCACUACAGUUCCCAAUAAAAUUUUAAAAAAUUUUAUUUAAACUGAAAUAAAAUCGUUUGCCCUUUACAUAUUUUUAUUCAAUGAAAUUUCUGUUCAUUUUCAUAUUCUUAACUUGCCAUUUUUCUCAGUGGGAAAUUGAAAAAGUAUUAUUUGUUGACAUUUGGCUUAAAUGUGAAAAUGUAAGGAAAUUACUUCUGAAUCUUGUGAGGAGACUGGGUUUGUAGAUUAUUUCCACAUUCCAUGGGAAAAGCAGAGCCAUAUUUCCUUAAAUGUUGCUUUAAUUAAUGAGACUGAUUAUUAUAAUAAAAAUUGUAGUGAAAAGCCUUAAGUACCAAAUUUUGGAGCAGCAGUACUUUAAUUUUUAUACCAGUAUUCUUUCUGAAAUUUUUUUGCACAAAUUAAAUGCAGUGAUGGAUGAGUUAAGAAUACAGCAAUUGCCUUUAUUACAUUAUUAGUGAUAUUGCUAAGUUGAUGAGGGCAGGGUUUUUUUUUUCCCUUUAAAAAAAAACAAAACUUUUUAAUGUAUCUAAAGAUACCUGGAAAUCUUUACAGGAAUUAACUACAUAUAUGCAAAUUUGUAUAUAAAAUAGCACGGAAAUAUUCAUUAGAAUGCUUGUGAUUGAAAGGAAUUACCAUUUUAUAUAUAUAUAUAUAUAUGUAUAUAUAUAUAUAUGUAUAUAUGUGUGUGUGUGUGUGUGUGUGUGUGUGUGUGUGUGUGUGUGUGUGUGUGUGUGUGUGUGUGUGUGUAUAUAUAUUACAUAGAAAAUUUCCAGCUGGACUGAAUUAGGACACUUUUAAAAUAAAAAGACCAUUCAGUUUUACCAUUUUUGUAAUUACUGUCAGCUUUGACAGUUGUGACAUUAACUCAUGGCCCCAUAUAUUGCAGAUCCUGAUCUUAACUGAUUUGUUUUUUGAAAUGUAUGUAAAUAGACCUUUGAACUAGAAAGUGAAACUCACUUAUUAUUUCCCAGUUGGACAACUAUUUUAUUUUAUUUACUGGCACUGAAAGUUUUGUUGGGAUGAAGCACCUCAUCUCACUACAUAACACUUCUUGGACUGCACUUCAAUGAAUUGUUUUUAUGUGCACUGUAUAGCAACUUACAUCAGAGCAGAAAAGCUGCAGGCUUGUAACCUGCUUCUAUUAGAAUUUGGCUUGAGUUUCAUGAAAUCCAAUUGAAGGAAAUGGAAAAAUAAUUUGUUUCAACUUUUCAUUUAUCAUUAGCCCCAAAAGUUUCUGUAAUAUAUUGACAGUACUUAAAAACUUGCCUGUUGACUUGGUCUUUGGGCCUGAAAGAUUAAAUCACUUCUCCAAAGAACCAGCUGUCAGAAAUGUUAGACCAAAUAGUGGUUAAAAACUCCAAAGGAAAUAGUGUAGUGAUCCUCCCCAAAAUGGGAUUCAUAUGCUUUAGACAGUAGUUUCAAACUACCUCAGUUAGAAUAGAGUAUAAAAUCUGUGGUUUAAGCCCUCAUGAAUUAAACCAUUAACUCAUGUUUGUUUUUUCUUCCCGGAAGUUAAGGCACAAAUAGUGGCCUGAACAGUUUUUCACCAGUAUUCUAUAAGAAACUUUUAAACUUUGUUUUCACCUAUAGCAUUUAGUUUGGAGAGAACCAUGUAGUUCUCUGAUUAUCAUUGAGGUUCUAAGGAAAUAAAAUGUCUGUACUUCAAAAAUUAUCUUGCUGUUUGGUUAACACUUGGAUUCAUUGGCAGGCUUAAUAUUCUUUGAGAACUUGUAUCAAAGAUAACCUUUUAUGAUGGAAAAUGCUUAUGCCAAGUGCUUAAUUUAGAUGUUUUAAAAAAUCAUAGUUGGAAAGUUUAGGAGUGGUGUCAGUGGUAAUAAAAAUAUUUGAGAAAAUCAUCUAUUAGUAGAUAUUACCAGAAUAUAGAUUACAAGAAUAAUGUCAGUACUGUAGUUUUUCAAGAUAUGGAAUUUUUAGAAUUAAUUUUAGUCCAGAUAAAAUCAUAUUACUCACUAAUAGAAAGACUUCUUGAAAAAAAUUGGAGGAACUUUGGCAGUUGUGCUGGUUAUAAACUGUGAAUUUCUAAUAUGUAAAGUGAAUUUCCAAUUGCAAAUUUUGUUUCAAGAGCAAUUAAUCAGCUUCAUGUAACUAGAUUCUAUUUAGAUAGUGAUAAAUAAGGAAAUCAGAUAUAGAACUUUCAUAACGUUAUCUGAAAGUUCUUAACACUUGCAUUUUUGUUACCUAUUUAUGUUUAGGUGGAUACAAGAGGCAGAGACAACCCCCACCCCCAAAGUUCUUCUAAAUAUUGUUUGUGUAGUAAAUUCCUCUAAGAUAAAAAGAAUAUAUGCAUUAGAAAUAGGUUUGUAGGCCACAUAUGCACUGUUAAAUAAAAUACCCUCAGAAAGAAAAACAUGUAUACAAAAUAAAUAUAACAAUUCUUGACAAGCAAAGGCUUUAUUAAUUUGCAUCUCUUUAACCAGAGCUGACUAAUUUUUCAGGGCACAGUAAUAAUGGCAAAGUAUUCAGCUAUGACAUUGGAAUCUUAUGUAGACUUAUCUACUCCUACUUAAUGCAAAAUUUUUUUCAGUAACAUUCAGAAAGAUACAUUUUGCAUACCUUAAAGCACAUAUCAUUAAGCAAUAAAUACCAAUCUACUAUUUUAUGGUUUUUUUUAAUCUAGCAGAUCUGCAAUUGUUUUGCAUGUUGAGUAGAAUGCUAAUUUAUGUAAGAAAAGCUUUGUACAUUAGCCUGUUUUAAGAACAGCCUUAGGAAACUUCCUUUAAAAAGGUUUUUCCCUGAGAGAUAAUGUGAAGUGUUGAAUGCUUCCAAUUCUGGUUUCAAUGCACAAUCCAUUAUGACAUGAACAUGGAAAAGGUGAAUUUCUUAAAUUGAUUGUAUGAGAGAAAUUUUAAUGAGAAUUAGCCUUUUGGAAUGAAAAAAUAUUUGUUAUUGAAAAGAUCUUCACGAUGAUAUCAUAUGAGCUUUCACCCCAUCUUUCCUUACACAAAAUGCAUUGUUAAUUAAACACUUGGGUUUCACUACAGUGAGGUUUCCUUAUUAGCAUAUACCAGAGAAAUCAAAUAGUUAUGCUUAUAAAAAAAAUAAUUGGAACACUUAAACAUUGCCACAAGUGAUUUCGUUUUUUCUUAAGUUCCUGGUUUCCAGAGAGUUCUAUUCAUUCACAGUAGGUCUAUAUGCAGAACAUGGACUUUUUUCCUUUGGACUAUUUUUAUAAGGUAGAUAGAUGGAUAGCUAUGCCACAGCAUGCACAAAUUGCACAUUUUGCUUGACUUCCUUUGUAAAAUACCUAUUUAAUUUGAGAAAUGUAAUUUAUGCCAAAAAGUUUAACUUGCAAUUUUGCCACUGAAUAGGUUGAUUUAGCACAAAAUGCAAAGUCUUGGGGGGGAGGGGGAGGAAAACAUUUCAUCUACGCAGUUGAAAAAUGUUGCAAUACUGGUCUGUCAGUAACCAUAAAGCUGCAUUGUAAGAGAUUGGUGUAAAUUAAUUGUUUAAAAGAAUGGGAAGGGAUUGUGAAAAUCUCAGACUUAAUUCUCCCUCCCCAUGCAGUUGUUUUUUCUUUUUUCUUUUUUUUAAAUUUAGUAAUACGCUGCUACAUAUUUGGAGGUUCUAGUGUUUGUAGGUCACUGAACAGACAUUGAAAUCUGAUUUAUAUUGUAUACCUGUAACAUAGAAAGAAAAAGUAUUUAUAUAUUUUCUGUAAGAAUAUUUCAUUGAGCUGUGUAUAAUUUAAACAAA